AUGAAGCUCGUCUUCUCGUCCUGGGCGGCGAGAGCGUCGCUCGCGACGUUGCUCCUGGCUGCUGCCGCGCUCUGCCAGCAGCAAUCGCCCUCCAGCUCAACGAGGCCGCCGGCCAGCACCACGCCAACGCCGAGCGCAUCCCCUUCGUCUUCGGCGCCACCCGCUCUCAGCACGUUCACCUCGACCACCACCCUCUCGCGAGGCCAAGCUCUGCCCUCGAGCCUUACCAGGUCGGCUUCUCGGAGCGGUAGCGUCUACUUUAUUCCCGUCGUGACGACGCUGCCCCCCGCUUCCAGCUCGGCGGCAACCGUGUCCGCCUCGAGCACCUCGUCGGCUGCCCCCUCUGCCACGGCUCCUGCCGCUGCCGCCUCUUCGACAUCCCAGAAGCUGCCGCUGAACACCGAAAUCGACCCGGCCUUUGGCGUCCUCGGUGCCCUGCUGCUCAUCACCGGACUGCCGAUGACAUUCUAUGGCCAUCGCAACCGCUGGUCGAGCUACUUCAUCGCCGGCUACUACUCCCUCGGCCUGAUCACCAUCUGCAUCAUCCUCAAGGCGGGCGUCGAAAGCGCCGUCAACCCACCCACACAGGCGGUGCGCGGCCUCUUCCUGCUGGCCACCAUCAUCGCGGGAGCCGUGGGCGGUAUCCUCUGCAUCGUCUUCUGGCGCAGCGCGGCGCUCCUGGCCUCCGGGCUGGGCGGCUUCAUGCUGGGCCUGUUCCUCCAGUCGGUCCGUUCGGGUGGCCUGAUCGGCUCGCUGGGCCUGCGCUACGUCCUCUACGUGCCGCUCUUCGCCAUCUUCUUCGCUCUCAGCUGCGCCGAACGCAUCCACUCGCUCGUCCUCGCCCUCUCCACGGCCAUCACGGGCGCGACAGCCGUGACGCUGGCCAUCGACUGCUACACGCGCAUGGGCCUCAAGGAGUUCUACAUCCGCAACCUCGGCUUCGACUGGCUCUUUGAGCCAAAGUACCCGCCCACCUUUUCCAAUGGCCGCUUCCCGCUGGUGCAGGGCAUGCAGAUCGAGCUCGGCGUGCUCGGCGCGCUCGUCAUCAUGGGCACGGCCUUCCAGCUCCGGCUGUGGUCGGACCUUCGGCACAGCAUGGCGGUGCUCAGAAAGUCGGACGAGGAGAGGCGCAUGAGGACCAAGGCCGAGCGAGCGGCCCGCCAGAUCGCCAGGACGGCCAAGCGAGACCUCGAGGAGUGGGAGCAGCGCCACGGCUACAAGAAGACGUCCGCGAGGCAGGCGACGGCGCGAGAUAUCGAAAAGGACGCCAACUCUGUCUUCUCUGGCGCAACGAUGCAGGCCCACGAGCGCAAGGGCUCGAUGAUGAGCUUCUUCAGCAGUGGUGCUGACGCCACGCCGCUGUCGUACAACGGUCUCGACCGCACCGACUCGCCCGGAGGCUCGAGUCUCCGCAAGGACAAUGGCUCUCCCUUUGCCGAGGAGCCGCAGCGCGACCGCAGGCGCAAUUCGAGCUUCAUGUCGUACCUCCAGCGCGGACACGAGAAGCCGGUUGCGCCUGGCGAUGCGCCGCCGCAGCUGCAGCUCGACGGCAUCGACGCGCCCUCGUCGCCGGCCGGAGGAGCCGCCGAAGAGGACCCGUCAAAGCUGCUAGAGGAGAUCUCCAACAUUCGCAAGUCGAUCGAGAUGCUCCGGUCUGGCUCGGGCGGCGCGAAAAGCGCGAGCAGCAUGCACGCUUCGCCGAUUGCAUCCUCGCAUCGUUUCGAGCCAUCGGCCCCCAGCAGCGUCGGCCACGGUGCCGCCCAGUCCCUCGAACUGUCGCGUGCCCUGACCAACCAGAGCCAGGCCCCGGUGACCCAGUCGUUCCGCCAGCGCACGCAAUCGACGGCCGCCAUCAUGAGCGGCGCCGCCUCUUUCCUCAGCAAGAGCCCCGGUGAGUCGCCCAUGUUGCCGCAGGGCCCUCCCACGAGCUCCAACGGCGUGUCUGCCUCGCACGAGAUGUCGCCUUCGUCGAGCAACCCUGGCGAUUCUUCGGGCAUCAGCCAUCCUGGUGGUUUCGGCGGCUGGGCGUCGCAGUCGCAGUCGCAGCCGAUGUCGCGUUCCAUGUCCGACAACCCGUCGUGGCUGCCGUCGAGGCAACCUUCCUUGACCGCAUCGAGCGCGGCUCUGCAGCCCGCCGUGCCGGUCGAUGCUCACCUCAGGGCUGCCAGCCCUCCGGUGCCCCAGAUUCCCGCCAUCUACGACACACUACCAAGGAGCCGAGUGGAGCAGACGUACGCCAACGCGCCUCUUGCCGAGAGGAGGAUGUCCGGUGGUGGGAUGCUGCACCGCGUCGACCAGAGCUACGAGCACGACAACAAGAGCCGACCUCGGGCCAACUCGGCGACGCACAAGGGCCACCACUCUCGCGUGCUCACCAAGUCGAUUGACGAAGGUCCCCCGGCCGCGGUGCUCGCAGCGCGACGCUCGAUUGCAGCGCGCCGCAACGACUCGACCAGCUCGCCGUGGACGAACCCGGGGGCCGAGGUGCAGCCGAGUGCCAGCAAGCGGGCGAGCGAGGGCAAGACGCCUCGCAAGUCGAUGACGAUUGGCGAGCUGGACGCGCGUCAUCGGGCCAAGCUGGCUGCUCUGCAGAAGCCGGCUACGGACUCGGUGAAGGAGGCCGAGAUGCUGCAGGCGGUGCGCGAGGAGUACGAGAAGAAGCAGCGCGCAGAGAAGCGGAGGAUGAUGGAGCGGGAAAAGGAGCGCGAGCGGGAGCAGGCGUUGGCUGCGCUGACGAACGGUGGAGCGGGAGGCGGCCGCGAGGGCGCUGCCUCGCCCGACGCCAACAAGCGGGCAUCGCGACGCCUCAGCGCUUCGCUGCUGCAGGCCGUCGGUGAGCAGCGAUCGAGCGUCCAGAGCCUGGACCGUGCCGCCGAAUGGAGGCGGUCGGUUUCCAAGGUGCCGCAAGCGGACCCGUCAAAGGGGCGUAGCUCGCAGCCUCCAUCUCACCUAGCCUCGUCGCCAACGUCGGCCCAGGGCCCCGUCGAGGGCACCAAGGCUGCCGCUGCGGUGGCGGCGGCAGUCUCGCCGUCACGAUCGCGAUCGCAGCAGCGCGGUGCCAUGAGCCCGACCAACCCGUUCCAAGCGCAGACGCCCAAGAAGCGGGAGCUGAGCGAGACGGACCGGAGGAGGCUGAGCCAAGGCGCGGGCGGCGGCGGCGGCGGCGGCGGUGACCGACGCAGCCGGCGCAUGAGCCAGCCGCUGCUCGACUUCAGUCUGCCGGCGGGCCAGCCCUAA